AUGCAAGUGGUGGGGAGGCUAGGCAGCUACAUUAGUCGGGGUGUAUCCACAGUGUCAGGGUCGGUUCGUCCACUUGGUGGCGCUGUAGAUAUUGUUUUAGUUGAACAGCAAGAUGGGAGCUUCAAAUCGUCGCCUUGGUACGUCCGAUUUGGGAAGUCCCAUGGCGUUUUAAGGACAGAAGAGAGGAUGAUCAGUAUUAAUGUCAAUGGAGAGGAAGCUAAUUUCCAUAUGUAUAUGGAUCAUAAAGGGCAAGCCUUCUUUCUGAGGGAGGUCGAAGCGGAAGAGGGAGAAUCUGCGUUCUAUCCAUUAUCUUCUGGGGAUGAGACAGAUAUUCCGGAUAAGCGGCAUUUGAAGUCCAGAAGUUUUUGUUUCGAAUCAGACAAAUCAAAUUAUAUUGAUCAGGGUGAUAUGAAAACAGGAAACAUGCUGGCCAGGACUACUUCUGACGGAUCAGUGACAAGUGGGCUUGUCAUUGGCGAUAAUGAUUUUCAGCGGGAGGUUCUCAAUGCUGAUAUAAUCGCUGCACGUUCAUUGGAGUGUGCUGAGAUUGCAGCCAACCUGUUGGAGGUAAAGUGGUCUACCAAUCUUGCUGGUCAUAAACCACCUCGAAAAGAUCGUGUACAAUUUCAAAAGAGAAAAUCUCAGCGUGAUAACAUGAACAAUUCUUCAAACGAACGCAGCUUAUAUGAUGAAGUUUGUUCCCUUAAUGCACGAGACGGCCUCUGUUCCAACCCUGAUCUUGAAGUUCCCGGGGGAUUUGAUGAGGAUAACGGUAUAUGCUCAUCAUCUUCCGGCACCACGGUUGAAGUUAGCUUUUCAAAGCAGAAAACUGAAGCGAUAACUGAACUACCAAUGAGUGGUGAUAUUGCAGAGGAUAGUGAACAAAACAGAAAAAUGAAGGAAGUUAUAACUGUUAGGACCGUCAUUGAUUUGGACGUCGCAGGUCCCCAACUUGAUGACAGCAUUGAAAACAAGCCGUUGAGUGGAGAAGAUGUUUCUGGUACAAGAAUAAUGCCGGGAUAUGGAAUUUCUGGGGAAGAGAUCCCAAGAAUAAUGCCCUGGGGAAGAGGAUGGAGUUCAGCCACUAGUUUACAGUGGAAUGUUACAAAAAAUGAGGAAGUCACCAAAAAUGCUGAUGUCAUGGUGCCUGUAACGAUGGUUUCUCAGACUUCUCAGCAAGCAAGUUGUACUCAUCCUAGUAUUAGCAAGUCUAUUGUGGUAGAUGUUGAAGACCAAACAGAACUGCUAAAAACUCAAACGAUCAAUCUGGAUAUUGGACUUUGUUCAGCCGAGAAGGAUGAAUCAAAUUCUGGCAGCACCCUGCGUAACCAAGCUUUAGAAAAGAAAGUUGUGAAGGUUGAAGAAGCUUCAAGCACACUGCCGCAUCCAAAGUCUUCUCGUGAUUGUGUAGACGAAGAUAAACUUUUUAACAGUUUUCAUUUAUCUCCAGAGAGUCAAACAGCUGAUCCUGAAAAGCCGAUAGUAACAUCGAGUCCUACUGACGUCCUUAAUAAUAAGGAUGGUGGAGACAAAAACAGCGAGCAGUCAAAAUCCUUGUCCGAUAGUUUUCAUUCUCUUAGUAAUGCUCUGGGUCAGCAUGAUGUAUGUCAUCCUUCAAUUCAUUCAAUGAACUCAGCAUGCAAUAUAUUGAAGCAGCCAUCAUUUGGGAAAGAUGAUGUGAAGUGUCUAAAACCAGAUGAACAAUUAUUAUCUGAGGAAUCAGGUGUCAAGGACAACAAUAAUCUGGGUGAUGUUAAGAGUACAACUAUAAAUCCUCCACUUGGUGUCUCAUCAGCACACAAACCGUCUCCCAGCGGGAACUGGAAGCUUUGGCCUUUCCCUUUCAGGACAUCAAGUUCUGAAAAGGCAAUGGUGCCUGCUGCUGAUGACAAAGAUACCAAUGCUUCGGUGAGUUCAAUCAACAAGGAUGCAGACAAAAAUGAGCUCAAACCCAAGAUUUUUAAAAAGAAUGUUAGGGCAAAGACACCAACAGCUGAACAGCUGGCAUCCUUGAAUCUAAAGGAAGGGAAGAACACUGUAACCUUCACUUUCUCUAUGGAUACGCUGGAGAAUGAACAGGUUGAUGCCCAAAUAUUUUUAUGGAAAUGGAACUGUCGUAUAGUGAUCUCAGAUGUGGAUGGGACAAUUACAAAGUCAGACGUUCUAGGUCAGGUCAUGCCGUUAGUGGGAGUAGACUGGUCACAAACAGGUGUUACACAUUUAUUCUCAGCUAUCAAGGAAAAUGGGUACAAAAUACUUUUUCUCAGUGCCCGAUCAAUUUCUCAGGCCUGUCAGACCAGACAAUUCCUGGUUAAUCUUAAGCAGGAUGGAAAAGUUUUGCCUGAUGGUCCUGUAGUUAUUUCUCCUGAUGGAAUUUUUCCCUCUCUUUAUCGAGAAGUUAUCAGAAGGGCCCCUCAUGAGUUUAAAAUUUCAUGCUUGGAGGAUAUCAAGGCACUCUUUCCUCCUGAUUGCAACCCAUUUUAUGCUGGCUUUGGAAAUAGAGAUACUGAUGAGAUCAGCUACCUCAAAGUUGGAAUUCCAAGAGGGAAAAUCUUCAUUAUUAAUCCAAAGGGAGAGAUUGUUGUGAACCGCCAACAUGACACGAAAUCUUAUACUUCGCUUCAUGCUCUCGUGAAUGGGAUGUUCCCUCCUACAAACACAUCUGAGCAGGAGGAUUUUAAUUCAUGGAAUUACUGGAAGCUACCUCCUCCUGUUUUAAAUAAUUGAAAGGGCCUUGGUAUUUCUUGCUUGAUUGUGUUGGUCGGAGUAUGGAUGGGUGAAGGUGCCACUUCAAGAAUUACUCGGGUGGUCUGUGUGGGAGCCCCAAGAUUCCCGUGCUGUACAUAACAUGUACCAGAUGGAUUGAUUUGUUAGAGCUCAAAGGCGAUUAAUGGAAGAUUUGUGAAGGAACACGAUAAUUUCAUCCCUCGCGGUUCAAAGUCGUCAUCUUCACUUGUUCAUGUUGUGAAGUCAGCACAAUUACUUGUGUGGGGGAACACUCUAACAGAUAAAUGAGCAAGAUCAGAGUUCGCUGGAAAUUCUUGGGCAUGAUCAAGUUUUAAAAUGCGGCAUUGCUUCUCACUAGUAGUUCCUGGUUAAACCCUAUUCAUUUGCUUGUCUAAAUCGUGCUUGUAUAUAAACUCGAGCGAGUCUCUUCUUCGGUUUUUCUUCUCCACUGCAUGUUCCAUUGUUCUAUCGAGUUAAAUAGUAUUGCAGUUUUGAUUGUUUGUAUAAUGGCUUGAAGCAGUUCUUGAAAUGAGA